ACGGCGAUGUUUGUCUUAGAGCAAAAAUUAAAUAUGUCAAAGUUAUUAUUUCUUUUUUACCUCUCACAACAUGACGUCUGCGUUGACGUCCUGCGUCCUAAGACUGUGUUACAAUGAAGACAAUGUCGCCACCUGGUGGACUGGAUGCUGAAGUUAGCAGAACAUGUGAACCGAUCACAGCUUCGUGUGGUAGCUAAUUGCGGGGUAUUGGCAUGGUUAGUCAGUUAGAAACACAUAAUCUGCUUUGCAUUCUCGCUAAACUCCAUCGUGUUUCACCUAUUCGGUCUGGAGAAGCAGGGAGAGCGGGUUACUAGGCUGGAAGACACCGCUGCUGCUAGUGCUAGCUAAGCUAAGCUAAGCUAACAUCAGGUAACCGCCUCCAGCGGUAGACCUACGGGACAAACACAAAGGAAAUGGCCACUGUUGCUAUUCCUGCCUGCACAACUGCACUUUUACUGGACAUCGAGGGAACCACCACGCCAAUCACGUUUGUUAAGGACAUACUGUUCCCUUACAUCGUAGAGCAUCUUGAGGAUCAUCUGUCGAAGCACUGGGAGGAAGAUGAAUGCAAACAAGAUGUUCAUCUGCUUAAAAAGCAGAUGGAAGAGGACAUGAGGCAGAACCGGGCGUGUCCCGUCCACGCCGUGGAUCAAACGGUCCACACAGAUGAGGAGAAAGCCAUCAGAGAGGUGAUGGAGAAUGUGAUGUGGCAGAUGGCGGCAGACAGGAAGUCCAUGGCGCUCAAACAGCUCCAAGGUCACAUGUGGAGGGCAGCCUAUACUUCUGGGAGAAUCAAAGGCGAGAUCUACCCCGAUGUGGUUCCGUCCAUCAAAACAUGGCGAGAACGCGGCCUGAAGGUUUACAUUUACUCGUCUGGAAGCGUGGAGGCUCAGAAACUCCUGUUUGGAUACUCGGUAGAAGGAGACGUUUUAGAUCUUUUCGAUGGGCACUUUGACACCACAAUAGGAGCCAAAGUAGACUCUAAAAGCUAUGAAAGGAUCGCCGAACGGAUCGGCUGUCGGCCUGAAGAAAUCACCUUCCUGACCGACGUAAGCAGAGAGGCCAAAGCAGCGGAGGAGGCCGGGCUGAACGUCCUGGUGGUGGUGCGGCCUGGAAACAUGGAGCUGACGGAUGAGGAGAGCGCUCACUAUAACCUCAUUACCUCCUUUAGUCAACUUCAACUGACAGGACGAGCUUAACGCACACCCUUAUUUUGCCUUGUCUACUUUGCAUCCCCAACCUUUUUUUUUUCUCUAAUAUUUUUCACUCUUCUGUUCUUGAUUUUUGAGCGUUUGGAGGUACUGGGACUGUUUUUCGCUAACUGUGGCUAACCAGAGUCUUCAACAAGUAUUUGCACUCCUUCAACUUUUUCCCCUCAUUUUGUGUUUUGGAGUAUAAAAGUGAUGUUGGAGGAAAAUAAGCUACUUGAUUUAACUCCACCAUGAUUGACCGGAAGAUCCAUGUUCACUCCAUUGUUACAUGGCUUUGAGCAAAGAUUAAAGUCUGUAGUUUACCUGCACCUUUCCAGCACGGUUUUCCCCAUCAACUCCAGUCCAUAAUGAUCCCCUCAGCAUGAUAUUGCCAUUGCCGUGCUUCACAUUAGGAUAAUGUGUUCAGAGAAAGCUGCAGUCUUCUGAAUGCAUCUGGUUCCACUACGUUUUAUUCAGGGGUAUCGAAGUAGAGCAAAUGACUAGAAAAAAAAUCCUGCCAUGUUUUGGUAAAAACUUAAUAAAACGUAGAAAAAGUUGAAGAGGUGUAAAUACUGGUGCUGUGUGACCCUGGUGAAAUCCUCAAUGGGAUGCCUUCUUUAUUUGUAUAAAGUGUUGUGAUAAAGUGAAAGACUGUCAUGGACUGGGAAACUGUGGAUGGGUGCUAUACAAUCACUGAAUCAUCAACAUGCCUGCGGAAAACUGCACAGAAACUGUGAGGUUACCCUUAAUGUUUCAUCUUUUCCACGGACCGUGUGUCCGACUGCCACUUUCCAGCUGUUCGUAUAAGAGCGUGAUGUAGCUGUUGCCAUUUUGUAAAGCGUCGUCUGCCUGUGGAGUUACCGGACAUGCUAAAGUCGAGCCUUGUUCUCCUGUUUUUUUUUAGAAAGUAGAAUCACAGUCUAGAAACACCCUGCUGUAGUGCGGACAGAAAAUUCCCCAUUUCUAACCGACGUUGGAAAGUCUUAACUCGUCCCUUUUGCUCGGGCAUGGUGUCUGUUCAUAAUGUGCCAUCUGUUAAAUGUUAUGUCGAUGGUGGAAACUGUCCACACAGUAAACAGUUCUUAAUUAUGCCAGAGUGACGAUCAAAUCUGUAAACUGAGUUGGUAUUAAUCCAGAAAUAAACACUGCCAUUGUCUUGUUGUCUCAUA